AUGAACGCACAGUCUUCACCUCCAGAGACAAACGGCCUCUGUGUGUCUACAGUACCAGGGGGUGAUGACAGUGAUGAAGAAACAAGUCAGGAUGAGCCUCCCAUCACCAGCUGGAAUGACCUGUCUAUUAUAGAAAGAGUUGGACUCAACAGCUUGGAGAUGUCAGAAAAAGAUGUAGAGGCGGCCUUCAGUCAGAUCACCCUGGCUUUCCGCUGCGACCAGUACACGCUGAAGCAGAGGUUACAGGCAGAGGAGCAUGCCCGAAACCUGGCAGAGGAGAAUGUGCAUCUGGAACUGGCCCGAGGCAGAGAGACCCUGGAGAUGCUGAAGGUCUUGUGUCUGGACAGCAAGCGCAGCACAAUCCUGCAAAAGCUGGAGCUAUCUUUGGACAUUUUGGGCGGAACAGUGGAGAGGAUUUCUAACACAGCGGAGGUGCUGGGAGCAGUGCAUCAGGAGGCGCGUGUGAGCAGAGCCGUGGAGCUGAUGGUGUCUCAUGUGGAAACCCUGCGGACGAGAUACGAGAGGAACCUGAGCGAACUGGAGGAGGCGCGGCGACAGGUUCAGCUCAGGACGACUCAGAGAAACAUCCGGGAGUCUCCAGAAGCAGAAGAGUUCAAAGACAAUAAGCUGCUUCUGAGGCGGGACAGUCUACGCAGAAGAAUCAGCUCAUCCAUAAUCAGCUCAUCCAUAAUCACAAGCCAGACAUUAGAAAAGAAGAGGAGAGAGCCCAGGAAGCGUGGAGGGAGAAAGCCCUCCACCUCAUGCCCCUCUCCAUGUCCCAGCCCCGAGUCCAGCUUCUGCGUGCUCAACGACAGCGUCACGGAUGACAGGACUCUUGAUCCAUCUGAAACUGUGGAACAUCACCUGGAAAGUGCACUGAGAACUCCCCCUGUUCAAUCGCCUUCACUUGAAACAUCUCCUGUUUUUGCGACAGUGCCUCCUCCCAACAUCAAACAGGAAGAUUUGCCAACAGAACCUCAAGCAAAUGUUUCAGGCCAUAGCUCCACUUCUGAAAGUCUCCGUCAGCGACACAGAGGGAGGGCGGCUCUGUCUCGAAAGAGGUCUGACCGGAGAACUGCUCAACCGAACCAAAAGACUCCAAUCAUCAGGUGUGGCCCUCGGAGCAAAGAUCCCUGGACGCAGUGGAUGCAGAAGUGUCGCUGGACUCUUCUCUAUCUGAGUUUGUUUGUCUGUUUUAUUACUAUGGUUUUCUACAUAUUACCACAAUAA